AUGAAAUUGAUUACGACGCUCGGGUUUAAUCUACCAUUAGCAGCAACUAGAACCUGGCUCUAUUUCACAUCGACAGUGGUUGCAUUAAUCCUUCUUGUACCAUCAUCCAUCAUUGGCUACUAUGUAUACUACACCACAUUGAUUCCCGAGACGUACUCACCGUCAAUCCCAUUAGAUUUCAUCACUACUAAAAUUGUUACUCCUGUCAAAACAUCACAAUUUGGGCACAGUUAUCGACCAGACAGGUUUGUAUAUUUAUCAAGUCCAGUUGAUCCGCAAUCAAUAACCCAGGAUUCUGUAUUCACUUUUGAUAAGGAUUCCAUCUACACUUUUAAGCUCAACUUGGACCUAUAUUGCGACCAUCAAUUUGCUUACGAUACCAGUAUUCAUACAGUUUAUUAUAGCUUACAACUGAAUGUCAAACCCAUGACAUUUAACAAGGAUGCAGAUCGAUGGGACUAUGGAAGCGACGAGCCAGUAUUCAAACAUGGAUCAUUCAUAUUGGAUUGUGAUCCGAAUUUGUCCUUUGGACUCCGCAAUCAAUUUGUGCCAUUGGCAUUACGAAAUUGGGUUCCAUCCUUUUUGAUUGAUUAUCGCAAAUCUCGCGCUGUUGAAAUCGAUGCUUUUGAUAUCCUAGGUUCAGGAUUAUUCACCAAUGAUAAGUUGGCUGCUGUGACCAACAACAACGACGACCAUACUGCCAAUGGAAACAAUCCACCUCCAUCUUCAUUCAGUUUAAUCCUACAAUCACCAGAAGAUACAUCACGCUCCAACCAACGAGUCUUUACCAUUGAUCGCAGUUCUAGUUUUGCUCAAUUUCAAUUGAAAUUGACGGGGUUUAGAUACUUUAUGGCGAAAUAUUUCUUUACGUUUUAUUUCAUUGGUAGUUUAAUAUUUUAUGUCAUUUGUUGCUUUGUUACAUUUGUUACCGGAUAUGGGAUUUUAUUCACUAGAUCUAGGCCAGUUGGGGCUGCUAAAAGGAGGUAG